UCUGGCUGUACAGUAAACAUGGCGGACUGAAGGAGGCGCAGCGUGAGUUUGAGUCAAAAACAAGUGCUGACAAUCCUUCUUUUAUAUGGAUAAUUAGACCUUUGUCGUGGACCUGCACCAUAGGCGGUGGUUAUUAAAUAUAUUUGACGUUUUAUCGGUACAGCUCAGCUUUCCGUGUGGGGGACUCGAACCCGCAUGGUCAGAUCCGAGCAUCGUUGACUCCGUACGCGGAUUGUCAGCCUUCGCCACCAAAAAGGGCGGACGUGAGUCCCACCUGUGCAGCUGCACAGCCGACGUGAAAAGACACGUAUGAGGGAUCGCCUGAGAAGAUAAUGGUGAAGGAAACCGCGCCGGAAGACGUCGACGACCCCGAGCGAGGUCAAGAGACACCGUCCAAGCCCGCCUUCGAUUUAACGCCCAGCUCCAAAGGUCGGCAACGCAAAAUAAACUCCAGAUAUUUCGACUAUGACACCAGCGACGCAAACGAGGACCCGAGGGACGACGACGUGCCGGCGAGGAAGGCCCCGACAAAGGCAGUGGGGGCGGCGACUACCGGGAAGACGCCUGGCAAGCGAGGACGUCCGAGAAAGGUCCCGCUGGCGAAUGUGGACGACUUCAUAACACCUCACGUGCUUAACGGGGACAUCUCGUCCCAAACGAUCGCUGGUGUCACAAACUAUGACACCAGCAACGCAAACGAGGACCCGAGGGACGACGACGUGCCGGCGAGGAAGCCCCCGACAAAGGAAGUGGAGCCGGCGAUUCCCCGGAAGACGCCCGGCAAGCGAGGACGUCCGAGAAAAGUCCCGCUGGCGAGUGUGGACGACUUCAAAACACCUCAAGCGCUUAACGGGGACAUCGCGUCCCAAACGAACGCGUCCGCCUCUCCCUGCACCGAGGCGUCUUCGGAGAACGGGACGCCCAAGCCAAAGAGGAAGUACGUGAGGAAGCAGAUCGUUCACGUGGAGCCUGUCCCACCAUCUGAGAAGAGUCUAGAAGAAGAACCUGAGGAGUUGCAACCGGGAGGCCGCCCAAGGAGGAGCGCUGCUAAAAUGGCGAUGAAGUUCCUCCACGCGAUGGUGCAAGAGGAAGUCAGCCGUUCCUCUGAAGGUGCAGAAGCCACCAGUGACGUCAUCACCAAAGCAGCCCCAGAAACUACAGAGGAAAGAAGUUCCCAAGAGAAAAAAGGUCGCAGAGGCCGAAAGAGAAAAUGCUCUGAUGGCGACGCUGCAGAAGACGAGGACUUCGUUCCCGAUGUCGCGGGACCAUCUGAGGCGGAAGAGGAGGAGGAAGAUGAUCAGGAGGUGACCGACUCGGAUUCGCACGACGAAAGCAGUGCCAAUCGAAACGUCAGAAUGACCAGCCUCACACUUUUGGAGAUCGUCGAAAAUCAGAAAAAAUUCCGUGACGAGCAACUCUGUAGCUGGGUAUUCCCGGAGUGGUUGCCGUCUUCCAGUGUCUGGCAUCGAGUGCCCUCGAGUGAACUCGAGACCUAUCUACCUCAGGAGUUUCUCUCGGCUGCUUUCAAAGUGUCCAGGGACGGUUGUGACGAGGAGAUGCCUCUGCAGAGACUCAACAGGUUCGAGUCCUUACCUGCCCAUCCGGAGUGCUGGGACAUGCACCUGUACACCGGCGGGCCGGUGUGGCCCAUGGAGUGGUGCCCGACGCCUGACAACGCAGUGGCCUCGCAGUACCUGGCCGUGGCCUGCCGCAGGGACAUGGAGGAGCAGCACUACUUCCACAAAACCUACUCUGGACCGGCAUUGGUGCAACUGUGGGAUGUGGGCACACUGGACUACAACACCAGGCCGAGCUCGAAGCCUGCCCUGGCGUACGGCCUGGUGUUGGACCAAGGUUUCGUCUGCCACCUGAAGUGGUGUCCGUCGGGAGGAUGGGAGCUGCCCACCACCCAGAAAGAGGCUCCUCUGCUGCCCAGACUCGGUCUCCUGGCCGUCGCCACCUCCAUGGGUGUGGUCGCCAUCUACAGCCUGCCCCAUCCUGAUGCCCUGCGCGCCAGCCAAGACCACCAAGACUCUGGUGAUGCCAGCCAGCCAACCUCCAUUUACAAGCCCAAUCCGGUGGUCACUCUGAAGCUGGGCUCCUUAAAGGCUCCCCGCCUGGAGCGCAGCGGUCAGGUUCUGUCCAUGGACUGGCUGCCCAUCAAACCACACGAUGUCAUCGCCGUCGGCUUCUACGACGGUAUGGUUGGUCUGUGGGAUCUGACCACCAAAUCUGCAUUGUUGCGCUUCCAGGAGUCACAUGACUCUCCCAGCUUGCUGCCGUACAAAUGCUUCCUUGCUCACAAACAGGCCGUGCGAGCGCUCACUUUCUGUGCCGCCAGCAGACAUCUUGUGGCAACAGCGGGGGAGGACCGCCUCCUGAAGACGUGGGAUCUGCGCAGGCUCUACGGGCCAAUCACAGUGCAGAAACGCUCCCUGAUCAAUGAUAUCUUCUGGCCCGCCAAUGCACCAGGCCUCUUUUAUGCCCAGGACGGCGCCUUUACAGCACACAAUUCAAAUGGAGUCCAUUACUUUGACCACCAAAUGAACUCUUACUUUGCUGUGCCCAGGAUGACCGCUAUAUGGUCCAUCUCUUACUCUGACUGGCUGAACACUUUGGUGACGUCGGACAUGCUCGGCGAGGUCAUCAUCUCCAUGUUACCUUCCUUGUUUGCUAAUACUCAGCACAUCAAAAAGACAGUCAAGAAGAGAUUUCCCGUCUACUUCACUUCUAUGGAGCGUCACGACGCCACCCCGGAUGCUAAAGAGGAGGAACAGGAAGUGCGUGGGGAGGAGGUGAAGAAGGAGAAUGACAGAGCAGAUGGAGGAAGAGACGGCGGCGAGAAGGCUGACGCCCACCCGCGACUCUUUGACACGUACAAAGAGACGGAGAGGAAGUACUACCUUCACCACACCGACAACAACAUGAAGUUCUUCAGCAAAAUGGGACGCUUGUGGAAGCAAAUGAGAGACACGGAGUUUCACAGUAGGCUCAACAUGGAUGAGAUGCCUUUGGCCUCAUUGCACAAGGUGCGCCUGAGUCCAAACCUGAGCUGUCACACGUGGAUGGCGUCGGGCGGUCAGGCUGGCCUGGUGCGCCUCAACUGCAUCAGGGGCCUGAACAACCAAGACGUGGAGGACGUCAUCAGCCGGGCCCGCGGCAUCCCCGAGGUCGCCACCGCCGAGGUCGCCUCCCCGGACGCUCCCCAGGAAACUCCCUGCGACGCUCCUCUAUGACAGCCGCUGUGAUUUGGUGAACAUUUUUAAAUUAAAUAUGACAUUUUUGUUGACGUCCUCAGCCAGAGAAUGACUUGAACACGCCUUUACUUUGCCGGCGUUGUUGCAUAUUUUUUUAACUUCAUCGUGACGAGUGUGUUAGUCACACUUUUACAAUCAUGUUUACAGUCAAGAGCGAGUCUUUACAGUACAGUAUGUCCAUAUGAACAUGAACGUAUGGAUGAUAAUUAAAGAGUAACUAUCAGCUUCUUAUACCGUGUACAGAAUGUAUACACAUGUUUAUAGUCAAAUCGUGCUUGGAAUUAUGCUUUUUCUUCUUAUGGAGAGCAUACUGUAAAUAUGGAUUUUUGUAAUGGAUUGUUUUGAGGAAUAAAUAAAGUAGAUGUUGAACAUUGUG